AUCAACCAACCAAACAACCCCCAACAGCCAAGCAUACAUCUCUAAUUUUUUUAUUUUGGUCUUUUCGUUGGAUUUUCCCUUUCUUCUUCUUCUUCUUUUUUUUUUUUUUUUCCGGGUUCUCGCUCAGUUUUGAGCAAAGGUUUACAUUUUUUAAAAAUCUGCUUUCCAGCCCGCCUUGAUCUUCUAGCGAGAGUUCAUCGUUUCCAAAAGGAAAAAAAAAAAAAAAUUCUUGGUUGGUUUUUUUUUUUUUUUUUUUUUUUUUUUUUUUUUUUUAAUAUUUUCAAGGGGGAGGAGAUUUUCCACAAGAAAAGGUUGUUUUCAUGUUUGGGAUUCAGGAAAGCAUCCAACGGAGUGGAAGCAGCAUGAAGGAAGAGCCGCUGGGCAGCGGCAUGAACGCGGUGCGGACGUGGAUGCAGGGCGCCGGGGUGCUGGACGCCAACACGGCGGCGCAGAGCGGGGUGGGUCUGGCCCGGGCUCACUUUGAGAAGCAGCCGCCUUCCAAUCUGAGGAAAUCCAACUUCUUCCACUUCGUCCUGGCCCUCUACGACAGACAGGGCCAGCCCGUGGAGAUUGAGAGGACAGCGUUUGUGGGGUUCGUGGAGAAGGAAAAAGAAGCCAACAGCGAAAAGACCAAUAACGGAAUUCACUACCGGCUCCAGCUCCUCUACAGCAAUGGGAUAAGGACGGAGCAGGAUUUCUAUGUGCGCCUCAUUGACUCCAUGACAAAACAAGCCAUAGUGUAUGAAGGCCAAGACAAGAACCCAGAAAUGUGCCGAGUCUUGCUCACACAUGAGAUCAUGUGCAGCCGCUGUUGUGACAAGAAAAGCUGUGGCAACCGAAAUGAGACUCCCUCAGAUCCCGUGAUAAUUGACAGGUUCUUCUUGAAAUUUUUCCUCAAAUGUAACCAAAAUUGCCUAAAGAAUGCAGGAAACCCACGUGACAUGCGGAGAUUCCAGGUCGUGGUGUCUACGACUGUCAACGUGGACGGCCAUGUCCUGGCAGUCUCUGAUAACAUGUUUGUCCAUAAUAACUCCAAGCACGGGCGGAGGGCUCGGAGGCUUGACCCCUCGGAAGGUACGCCCUCUUAUCUGGAACAUGCAGCUACUCCCUGUAUCAAAGCCAUCAGCCCGAGUGAAGGAUGGACGACGGGAGGCGCAACUGUGAUCAUCAUAGGAGACAAUUUCUUUGAUGGGUUACAGGUCAUAUUCGGUACCAUGCUGGUCUGGAGUGAGUUGAUUACUCCUCAUGCCAUCCGUGUGCAGACCCCUCCUCGGCACAUCCCUGGUGUUGUGGAAGUCACACUGUCCUACAAAUCCAAGCAGUUCUGCAAAGGAACGCCAGGCAGAUUCAUUUACACAGCGCUCAACGAACCCACCAUCGAUUACGGUUUCCAGAGGUUACAGAAGGUCAUUCCCCGGCACCCUGGCGACCCUGAGCGUUUGCCAAAGGAAGUAAUACUUAAAAGAGCAGCAGAUCUGGUAGAAGCGCUGUAUGGGAUGCCACACAACAACCAGGAAAUUAUUCUGAAGAGAGCGGCAGACAUUGCAGAGGCCCUGUACAGCGUCCCACGCAACCACAACCAGCUCCCGGCCCUCGCUAACACCUCGGUCCACGCAGGGAUGAUGGGCGUGAAUUCGUUCAGUGGACAACUGGCCGUCAAUGUCUCCGAGGCAUCACAAGCCACCAAUCAGGGUUUCACCCGCAACUCAAGCAGCGUAUCACCACACGGGUACGUGCCGAGCACCACUCCCCAGCAGACCAACUAUAACUCCGUCACCACGAGCAUGAACGGAUACGGCUCUGCCGCCAUGUCCAAUUUGGGCGGCUCCCCAACCUUCCUCAACGGCUCAGCUGCCAACUCGCCCUACGCCAUAGUGCCAUCCAGCCCCACCAUGGCCUCCUCCACAAGCCUCCCCUCCAACUGCAGCAGCUCCUCGGGCAUCUUCUCCUUCUCACCAGCCAACAUGGUCUCCGCCGUGAAACAGAAGAGUGCUUUCGCGCCAGUCGUCAGACCCCAGACCUCUCCCCCUCCCACCUGCACCAGCACCAACGGGAACAGCCUGCAAGAUCAGUCUUUUGUGGACUCUAGCAAGUUCUCCACUGCAGGGUCUCUUCCGGGACUGGCCUUCUCCUGAAGUAGGUCACUCAACCUCCCCUUCCUGUUGCCUGUGUCAGAGUGAAAGCAUGUGGGGCUGGUAACAGGGAGGGGGUGAGCCGUGUCCCGAUCAGAACCCUGAAGUCAAAGCAUCGUAGACCAAAGGUCAAAGACAUACUACUGGAAUCCAGAAACCCCAAAAUACCACUAGGGUAUUCAUUCUGGUUCAUCUUAAACUUGCUCAAGCACUUUCCCACUAUGGAAUAUGGAAAACAACAGAAUUGUCAAGAGUUGAGAUGACCUUUUAAUUCACUGAGAAUAAAAUUACCCACUCUUUAAAAAUGGGUCCACCAUUUCUUACAUUUUUUUUUUACGUGCUCAGCACUACAUGGUAGUGUUAACCUAUACAAUCUUAUUUUUUGCCCCCAGAAGGAUUAUGAGAUAGGUACUCAAUGCCCCUGCUUUACAGAUGAGAAAACUACAGGUUAGAGAGGUUAUGCAAUUGCUUGCUUUCAACAGCUAGUACGUGGCAGAAGCUGGCUUCCAGCUCAGGCUCACUCAUUUCAUCUCUUUCUGUCUUCCAAGUACUCUAUUACUCAAAGGGGGUACAAAAAACUUACCCAGGAUUCCUAAGGCAGCUGGGAGGAAAGCAAGGUCAGUAAAACAAUCAGCCACCAUUUAUUGAGCACUGAUCGAAUGUGCUAAGCACAGAACAGACAUUAUCUACUUUCAUCUUCACAACUUCCUGAAGUAUGAGAGCUGUUGUGAUCCUCACUGUGCAGAUGAUAAAGUGGAAGCACAAAGAGGGCAGAUACCCACACACAGACACAGCCAGUAACUGUCGGAGAUGCAUGUGAACCCCGGCAGGGUCUACGUCCUCACUGGUGCAGGUCAAAUGGAGGUAUAGAGGGGUCAGGAGAGCAGUGCACAAGUCUGGGAUUUCUCAGCCCGUUUCUUAUGUAUAAGUCCAUGCAUAUUUACACUUCUCUACACAUACCUCUUUACACUGUUGUAAGCAUAUGGUGAUUCUCCUAAAGACCCUAUGGUUUCAGUACUAGUCCCAUUGUAUAGACGGGAAAAUUGAAGCUCAGUCUGCUGGAGGCCACGCAGUGAGUAAACGAUAAGAACCAAACUUGAACCCAAACCAUGUGAUUUCAGAGCCUUGGCACCUAAUCACUUUGUCUUUCUGCCUCCAGAAGAGCUCAGAAACCUGUUGUCAAAUCUGCCCAGCACAGAGAAAGUCAGUGCCCAGCAGAGCAUGCCCAUGCUACUUACUCUAAUAUACACUAGCAAAUCCGUCCUGUUAGAGGAAAGGGGAGAGCAGCCUGCCUGGAACCGCGCUGCAGGCAAUGUUAUUCCUGAUAGAAAAUGCCCACCCCCUGCAAAAGGGGGGCCGCCCAUUCCUGCAGGUCUGACUCCUUUCCAGCUAAAAAUAAUGCUUUGUCACCCUCGGUACACCUCCAGCUGGCAAACCAGGGGUGUAACGCUCGAGCAAACAUAACUUAUAAUAGGUUUAAGUGAUGAUCAUGCAUAUGGAAAGCAGAAAUUUACCAGUCUUGAGCUGCCAAUCUCAGCUUUUGUUAUACAUAGAUUUGACAUCAGAAACAAGACAGGAUGGGGAUUUGUAAUCAACAGUUGAGGGCUAGCGCUUGAGAGGAGAAGGCAGGCCCGUGCUGUUGGGAGGUCAGUGGCUAUAUCCCUGGGUGACAGUGACAUCACUGGGCAGCCCCCAGCGUGGCCUGAUGUCUUCUCAUGCUGUGUGGACCUAGCAGGGGACAGGCAGGGACUGGAAAUAGGAACUGAGCUCUGGUUUUAGGACCUCCUGGGUUUCAGGAAGAUCUGGAGACAGAAAGGUGUGCGUGUGUUUUAAGUAAUGGUGCAAAGGCCUCAAGACAGGACGUCCAGCACAUCCCCGAUCUCUGAUUAGCAGCCCGGUCUCUGCCUCCUGUCACCUUUUCUAACGCAGAGCCGCACAGCGAAGAGGGUUUGAAGUCUGACUCAGUGCAGCACUUUGGGCUGGAUGUGCUGUUAGGAAGGACGCCGUCCUGCCCUUCUGAGGGACCAUGUCUCAUGGAGAUUCUUCUGGACUUUCCCCUGCUCCAUGCUCUUGACUAUUGAGCAUGGUAAAAAAAACAAAGUGGUUUUUGUUUUUCCAACGCUACCAUGCAUCAAGUCUCCCUACCUUCGAGGAGAUGUUAGUGGUGGGAAUAUGAGUAGAGAAAUUAAAGUCAAAUGAACGGAGGCCAUCUUACUUUAGCUGUUCUCCUUUCUGUCCACGCCACUGGCAUACUCACAGCUGGCCCGAGCUUGGGGGUCUGUAUACCAUCUCAGGCAAGGCAAGGAGGACCCAGCCUUCGGGGGCCAAUACCAGUUUUUCAGGCCAAUGCCAUUUUUUUCCAUACCAUUUUUUUGACGCUUGCUUGGGCCAUAAGAGGAGUUUCCCCUGAGAAAAGUGACAUUCUGGCGGUGGGCUUCUAGAAUUCCUUCAUUUUUAACCUUCUAAACUCCAUGCCUAUUAUAAAAAGGGACGUAGGCAGGUUAUAGAAUUGGGUAAAGAUCUCUGAAGUGUUUUAUUCCUCCUUCUCCCUUUCAACGUUACAGUAGCUCCUGCUUCAUUUAGAACCGCCUAGUUCAGAACCGUGAUCAUUAAGACAGGGAAAGUGACUUAAGGAAGAGUUGGUUAAGCAAAUUGACCACGGAAACAAGAUUAGAGGUGACACAUUUGGGCUAAGUGUUUUAAAGGCCUAUUUACCUCCGUCUACCACUCUGUUAAUUGUACAUCAUUCUAGUUUUUUCUGAAGUCUACUCCUUAACACCCUCUUCUCCAGCAGCCCCCACUCAGCCUCCUGUAAUUGCUGCAUUCUUGUUUAUUCCCCCAAGAAAUAAGCAUGGCAAUCUCACAUGGUGGUGUGAUGGCGAAUGCAGCCACUGACCUGGGAGGGCUUGUUCCCAGCCUGGCUCCCAGCCACCCUUUGAGGUAGGCUGUUCAUCAUACCCAUUUUACAGAUGUGAAAACCGAGACUUGAAGCUAAGUUAGCUUGUCUAGAGUCACACAGCUAACAAAUAAGGAAGCAGCGGGCUUCAACCCUGGGCAGACUGACCCGACUUUGUUAAGCCCCUAUUGCCUUGCCAUAGUCAAGCCACUGGGUUAGGCCCCUGUGGGCUACAAGAUCCUGACCUUAGAAACGUUCUCUGUAUUAGGAGAGACACGACACCCAGGUAAAUAAGGCAGAUCUCUCUGGGAGAAGUCGGGACCCUCACUGGGGCAGUACAGAGGAGGGAAAGAUGCAGGAGAAGUCAGAACAGCCUCAUGGAGAAGGUUGCCUUUGAACCAGACCUCGGGUGAGGGGCGAGUAGAAUUCGGCAUGGGGAGAUGGGGCAGAAGGGUGUUUUAAGCAGAAGGACUAAGGUCAACCUCAGCUGAGGAGCAGAAGCAAACAAGUCCCCGGUGAAGUGGGGUGACCAGUGAGUGGCUCAGCCACCUGCAACACAGGUGCCACCAAGCAGGGGUAAGGUUGGAAGUGGAGGUCCUUACCUGGAAGUCACGAGCUCUGUUUCUUUGCAUGUACCUUACAAUUCUCAGAUUCUACCAUGAACACAGCUGGCUUUCUCUCCCAGGUAGAUAAAACCUUUGAAAAUCUACCAUAUGUCUGAGGAAUUUGGGGGCCAAGCAACUCUUGAUUCAGAACUUCCGGAGCCUCACAAGAUGACCUGUUAAAAAAAAUAAGAAUGUGGUGGUCAAACCCAUUUAGAAAUUGGUGCUUCCUGAAUCACUGUCUUGGAGAUCCACGAAAUAAAGGCUCUGAGACAUCCUGACGUUAACCAAAAAUGACUGUUCCAUUUAGUUUGCUAAACUCACUUGCCUACAGAAUCCUUUUCCGUGGAUUAAGACCAAUGAACAACUUUGGAAAAUUCAGCUGUACUUUGGAUUUAAAGAGAACAAUGCAGAGAUACCUCCUUCCAUUCUUACCUAGAUGAAGUCAUUGAUAAAUCCUGAUUCCAAUCCCCCAAGUGUGUCUGUUGUCAUAGGCCAAAGACUUGAGUCACCCACUAUGCUUAGCCUUUGAUCAUGGAGACGUCCUCUCUCUUCUCCUGAAGCUCAUGUCCCUAGAGCUUGGAUUCUCUGCAAUUCAGGCCUCAGACGACAUCAUUAAUCAAGAAAGAGGCAGCCCCAAGAAGGCUGUCACAUGCCAUUAGAAUCCCCGCUAAUGUAGUGAUUCUAAUCCGUAACCAUGUCGUCUAUGCAGUGAAAAAUUAAAAGCAGAAAGGCUAGAGUGAUUUCAAAAAAAUAGUACCCAUAUAUUGAUAUUUUUCUUUCCUACAUUGCUGGGGCUUAGGUUGGCUGGUGGGCUUCCCUCGGACUUUAAAUAUCAUGCAGUUCGGUACCAAAUCCUGUGGAACUGUCUUUUUCUCCAUGCACAUAUUUCGGUCUGUGCAAGAUCUACUCCCCACUUCCCCCUGUUCCUGAUUAGCUCAUAACGCUCACACAUAUGGUGGUUUGGGGAAGACCACAUUCCACCCUCCCACUCCAACUUCUCCCAGCUCUGCAAGACUUUCCAUUUUUGUCUUUGUUCUUAUCAAAAUGUGGCAACUGGAAUGAAAAGUACAUUGCCUUUCAAACCAGUAGUUCUCUGAGCUUCCAUCAGAGAACAUGAUCGCUCAGCUGCCGGGGCAAAUGGCAGAGCCGCCAUGGUCUUGUGAUGUCUUGGCACAUGAUGCCGGGAGUGUGGUGUCCUCAUGGGAAUCUUCAUGGACCCCACUUGGGCAAGCCAGCAUGCCAGCCACAUUUCUGGAACAUUCCAAGCUUCAGACACCCAUCCUUCUCACCCACAUAAUUAAUCUUCAGAUUGCAGCACGGAUAGAAGAAAAACAGCUCCUAAAACCCAGGAGGUUCAUGCACUUAUGCAGUGGGAUUUCCUUAUUAUUUUUUUUAAAAAAGGCCUCUUUUGAGGUGUCUAAGCUCAGAGGCCACAGACAUCUUUACCCACAAUUUACACAUCAGUAAGCAUUCUGCCUUUGGAGUUUAGGGAGUCAUGAAUGAGAGUUGGGGCUCUGAACCCCCUGAUGUCACACACAGAGUCCUGGGUGUAGACACACAUGGGCUUCUUCCAGAAAGAGGCUCUCAGAGACCCCUGUGUAGCCCCUAUGAAGGAAAGAAACAGUGGAACUAAGCCAAACCCACCCCCUAG